CCGGGUUUGUUUUUGAUUCCUGUUGUAGCUCCGUGCCUCGGAGGGGGUGAGGAUGGCUCAGGAGACGAACCAGACGCAGGUGCCUCUGCUGUGUACCACGGGCUGUGGGUUCUAUGGCAGCCCCCGGACCAACGGGAUGUGCUCCGUGUGCUAUAAGGAGUUCCUGCAGAGGCAGCAGAGCAGUGACCGGAUAAGCCCUCCAGCUCCCAGUGGUCCCAGCAGCAGCCCCAUGGCAUCUGAGGCGAUCGCAGGACAGCAUGCGGAGGGAGACUCCACACCUGAGGAUGCGAAAGCCAGUGCUCAGACUCCUGUGACCCAUCAGAUGACAGCCAUGAGCAUAUCCAGAGAGGAAACCAGCAAUGAGGCAGAGGAAUUCAGCAAGACAGAUGAAGCCUCAUCAGCUUCUUCCUCAUCA